GGAGGCCCCCCCCCACGCUCCCUUCGCGCCUAGCCCCCCCCCAAAAAAACCCCACCCCAAACAAAUCCAUGCCCCUGGAUGCCGAGCGAGGACUGGGAUUUGGUAAGCGAUGCCAGGGCGAUAAGACUGGAGUUUCCCCCCGGAGCCUGAAGGAGGAUCGCUAGGCGGUUCCAGGAGGACGCGGGGCUGCAGGAUGAAUAAGAGAUAUUUACAGAAAGCAACAAAAGGAAAACUUCUUAUAAUAAUAUUUGUUGUAACACUCUGGGGGAAAUUAGCAUCUGGGGCAAACCAUCAUAAAGCUCACCAUGUUAAAACUGGAACCUGUGAGGUGGUGGCACUCCACAGAUGUUGUAAUAAGAACAAGAUAGAAGAAAGGUCACAGACAGUCAAGUGCUCCUGCUUUCCAGGGCAGGUAGCAGGUACCACUCGAGCAGCUCCUUCUUGUGUUGAUGCUUCGAUAGUGGAACAGAAAUGGUGGUGCCACAUGCAGCCGUGUCUUGAAGGGGAAGAAUGUAAAGUUCUUCCAGAUCGGAAAGGAUGGAGCUGUUCUUCUGGGAAUAAAGUGAAAACAACUAGGAUGAUUGAUCAUAGUAUUCAUUAUUCCUGUCAUCCUCAGGCAAACGUGUAAAACUCUUCAAGUCCGAAUGGAGAAGUAGAAAAAAGGAGGUUUCUGCUGUGCCUGAUGACAAUUUUUGAUUUUUCCACACACAAAAAAUAUUCUGGCUCCACGUUGGAGCACUAGUUGUGAUGAAUCCUAGUCUUGGUCGGAUUCUAAGGAAGGGCCAGAAGGUUCGUUGAGGAGUAAAGAGUCAAAACCACUCCAGAAAAUGUGUUCCAGCCCUGGUUUAUUACUCACAGAGCAGCAGGUAACCCAAUAGCUGACGACAAAUCAAGUCAAUCUCACGGCUGAUGACCUUAAAUACAACGUAUAGAAAUUUCAACAAGCAGUCCUUGAAGUGAGAUUUUAUACUGCUGGGGUGUGUCCUUCAGAACCAAUUAUUUCAGUGAGAACCUCACUUGUUAUCAGCAACAGUCUUGAGAUCAAAACUACUGAAAAGUCAUUGUGAACUUCUGUGUCACAUAGAUUUCAACUGAUUCAACUGUGUACACUUGUAAAAUUGCACUUGCUGAGGAUUUUGUGGCUGCAAUCUCAAGAGGUGAUGCUCCAAAGGUGCAGAAAAGGCAGCAAUCUUUCGGGUUCUCCAUUCCAGACUGACAGCUUUUCAUCUUUGCAAAGACAGCCUUCAAAAUGUACUGGUCCUUUCACUCAAAAACGUUUCUUGGUCCUACAUUCAAAUUGUUGGUGGGACUGCACACCACUUUAAUCAAAUUUCUGUUGCAGAAAUUGUCCUCUGGCAUGGCACAGUUUUAGACAUUUUUAUUUGUAUUCUAAUCUUAAAGCUCCAAAAUGCUACAUAUUUCAACAUCUUGAAGUUGCUUUCGUUAUAGGAAUGGAAAUAUAUAUCCAUUGUUAAUAAUUAUUGUUGACAAGUAAUAGUUAUCUGAGUACAUCAGUCAUAUUAGAAUGUAUAGUCAAGCCUGACAUGUUUCCCUAAGGCUAACUAACUACUGCAGCUCUUUGGCAGAUAAAUAAGUGGUGGUCAAAACUCAAUUACCAUUUGCAUUAGAAAGUAUUUUAUACCUUACAAUAUACAUUUCUGUUUAGUUUAAAGAUUGGGGUUCCUGCUAUGUACUUUAGUUUCUUAACAGUAAAUCCUUCUAAGUUCACAAUAAGCAGUAAAUGAUACUAAUUAGUUCCUUCUUGUAAAGAGAGAGAGGGAUGCAUGUGACUUACAAUUCUGAGAUUGGAUGGUGAUCAUUCAGAAUUUCUUUUAGUUAUUAUUUAAAAUAGAACCUAUCUUUUGCUUGGAUGCAAGUACUGUCCAGAUGCUUAUGUAGAUGUCUUCUCAGUCUCCUUGUUGAUAGAGGAAAAAUAAUUCUCUUCAACUCUACUGUUCAUUAAUAUUUUGCUUACUCUUGUCCCGGCCAGAUCUUCUGGUCCUUCCUAUAGUCAUUUUCUCAAAAUAACAUUUAUUUUCCUAUUUUCUACUUCAGUAGUAUUUUUUUUUAACUCUGUGAUGUGCUGUUCCAUGAAAACCCUUAAUAUUUAAAGGCCUUAAACAUCUAUGAACUUUUUUCUAAGUUGUUACAGAAUGUAUAAUUUUAUACUCCAUUUAAUAUAUACAGCAUCAUCUGUAAUAAUAAGACAAAGGGGAGCUGACAAUUCUUUGCUGUACUGUAUUGACACUGCAUAAGCAUGCCAACUGGAGAGAGUGAAAGAGUUAUAUUAUAUGCUUUGUUUAGUACAUUGAAAUGAAGAUCAUGCAAACUCAGAUUUAGUAAGAAAAACUGUGGGGGCAGUCUCAUUCAAAUGGCCUGCAUGGUUACUAGCAUCUUAGAAAAAGAGGGAAAUCUUUUGUAUUGUUACAAGUCAUUUGACAUGGCUAACUAGAUAUAAAUUAGGUUCCAUGAUGAAUGAAUACCCUGGGGUGUGCUGAUCUGUCACACUAACCAAGGCUGUUCUAAGACCAUUUCAUUACCUCUGCUGUAUUAUUGCACAGGACAGCUAAAAAUUAAUGAUUGUUGGAAAUAAAUUUGGGAUGUAUAUUUUGUCAUUUUGCUGAGGAAUAAUCAAAAGCAUUGGUGGGGAAAGAUAUUCUUUUCUAAUUCAAAUUUAAUUAGGAGAAACUGUUUAAAACAGCAGUUAACUAUCUCAGUAUUUUAAAAUGGAUUACCAUUGUGUGGAUUGAUGCUAUAAGAGGUGCAAGACUGAAAACAGCAUCUUAAGGAGAUAAAUCCUUUAUUUGGGACAGUUGAAACUACAAAUGUGUUAUUUUCUAGAAUAUGAGUUUGGCCUCAAUUUUGGUCAAACUUCUGCAUCAUGCUUCUCAAUAUUUGUUUUCUUUGACUUUGUUCUUAAAAUCAACACUGCAAAUACUGUAUUAUAUACAAGUGUAUCACAUGCAUAUCAAUAGGUGAAAAUAAAUGGAUUUUCAAAUAUACAGAAUAGAUUAUCUGCGGUAGAUUAAUGUUGUGACUAUUCAAAGCAAGUGAAUAAAAUUGUGAUAUAAAAUG